GUCCGCUGUCCACUGCAUCACAUUGAUCCUUACAUCGGCGAGGCUGCCACGCAAGAUGAAGCCGUCGCAGAUAUAGCGACUGUCAUCAUGACCGCUUCUUUGCUCUCGAUCUAACCUCGCUAGGCUUUCUGGAGCGAUCGCUGCCUCUACUAGCCCACUAUGGCACCGACCUCCAACCCACGCAUCACUGCUCUCGACUUUGACUCCAACCGCAAGCGCAGGCGCCGGUCGGCUGGCUCUCAUCCAAGCAUUGGAGAUGAUGACUUUGAUUUCAUGGGCCGUGUAGCAGAGGAGAUCAUCGAGCGAGACCGCAUCAGAAUGCGUAGAGAAGUCACACGAACACUCAGCUUUGUCUGCGCUGUUCUGAGCUGUCUAUGCGCCGGAUCGAUCACGUCCUUUUCUCUAUAUGGCGCCCGCUUCCUUACCGACCUUCACUACACCCAAUUCCGUGUCAAUGCCGUAUCUAUAACUGCUGAACUGGCCAUGUACCUACCUGUUCCUCUAUUUGGCUAUCUCUGCGACCGCUACUCUCCUCCACCAUUGUCGCUGCUUGCUUCUCUUCUAUUCGGGUUCGGUUAUCUCCUGGCGGCAUAUACAUACAAAGCAGGACCACCUCCCGACGCUGCAAGAGACGGGCAAGGAUGGCCAUUCGGGAUCAUGAUCCUCGCAUUCAUCGGCAUCGGCGCAGGAACAAGCUGCAUGUACCUCUCUGCCGUAGCGACAUGCGCGAAGAAUUUCGCGACAGCCAAAUACCGCGGCUUUAUGCUCGCGGUGCCCAUUGCAGCAUUCGGCCUCAGCGGCAUGUGGCAGAGCCAGGUCGGUGCGCACCUCCUGUACCAGAAACUACCCAACGGGCACAAAGGCGAAGUGGACGUGUUCAGAUACUUUGUCUUCCUGGCCGGCACGCUCAUCGGCGUCGGUCUCCUGGGCACCAUCGGCCUCCAAAUCGUCGACGAGGAGGGACUCAUUGACCACGGUGUCGAAGCCCUCGAGCGGAGCGGUCUUCUCGAGGAGAGCGAGUUCUUCCGCGACACAGAGGCCCCGACGCCUAUUAACUACGGCGCCACCGACCAUUCGGGCACUUCUACACCGUCCGACAUCGCCUCUGAAGAAGUUGAUCUUUCCGAGUCCCAAGUCCUCAAAAAGCGCGAACAAGAGCACCGUCUACGCAAAAAGAAAUGGUGGCUCCUCAACCACGCAACGCACAGCUUCCUCACAGACCGCACGAUGUGGCUGCUGGCGGCAGGCUUCUUUCUCGUUACAGGUCCUGGAGAGGCAUACAUCAACAACCUCGGCACCAUCAUCCCCACGCUCACGCCCAAACGCUACUUCGACAUCACCAGCCCACCCGCGGGCCAUGCAAGCACGCACGUGAGUAUCAUCGCACUCGCUUCCACGUUUGCACGCUUGUUCACGGGGACGCUCUCCGACCUGUUCGCGCCACCGAGUCAGCCGGAGAACCCACCCAGCGCUCGAGUGCAGUUCUCGCGGCUUGUGCUCCUUCUGCCGUCAGCAGUGGUGUUACUCAUGGCCUUUCUCAACUUGGGAUUGCCGUUCCUCACGCCGAGCACGCCCGGGCUGUUUCUGCUCUCGAGCGGACUGCUGGGACUGGGUUACGGCGCGUGCUUUAGCCUGGUGCCGAUCAUAAUCAGCGUCGUCUGGGGCGUCGAGAACUUUGCCACGAACUGGGGUGUCGUGGCGAUGAUGCCGGCUGGCGGAGCGGCGGUCUGGAGCUUGGUUUACAGUGCGGGAUAUUCGCGUGCCGGCGCGGGACGCGAAGAGGGCGAAUGCUCUGGAUACGCAUGUUUCGCGGCGUGGGCGUGGGGCUGUGCGGCGAGCGUGGUGAUCGCAAUCGUCCUGUGGUGUUUUGCCUGGCGGACGUGGAAGAGACGCAAUGUCAUCGUGUAGAAUGCGACAAGGACCAGAAGAGAGACGAGAAGAGAGACCAGCAAUAGCAACGGAGGCGAGGAGGUCCUAGUUGAUGUGAGGGUUCUGGUCACCUUGCCUCGGGCUGCGGAUGCGCGGGGAAGGAGGGAAAGGGACAGGGAGCCGUGUAAUGUGCAUAUCCGGGUCCGAUGAGCCCAAUCUCGGGUUGCUUUUAGGUGCGUAGUAUCGUCUCGACGAGUUGGACUCCUUCUUGUGUACGGAUAAACACUUCCUGGAUUACUCAAUGUGUCAUGGCGACAGCGUUUGGGCUGGGUCGCUGGGUUACAGCUUGGAUUCAAAGCGCCUGGGAUGGCUUUCACUUCGCGCCGAUGGAUACAGAGGGCAACGCUCCCAAGGGAGCUGCAUAGCAAAGGAAAUAUACGGACUUCAAUGAAAAGAAUACUUAC